AUGCUAUCUGACACAGGUCGGUAUCUCUCGCGUUGCUUCGCAUUUUACAGCAAGUUCCAGCACGUUGUGUGCGUAGCCAUGUAUUUCGACAGCCGCACGCUUGCCAGAGUCACUUUUCAGUGCGAUGCAUUGUCCAGCACCGUUGCAUUUGGAAUGUGUCACCGCUGGUGUGAGGUGACGAAGGUUGACGCCGAGUUCUCGGCCUCCAUCAGGCAUUGGGCUCCUGCGACGAGUGGUUGGACGACCUGGAUGUGCAGGCACAUGCUUUUUGCGCUUCUGGCGUGGUUUUCUGGUUUUCCGAAAGUGGCUCGCACCAGGAACAUCAACAUUCUGGCGCGAGGCAUCGCAGCUGCGCAGCUGUGUAGCGGGAAACAACGCAUCCGAUAG